CCCGGGGAGGUGGGAGGAGGCGGCGUUUCCGGCCGCCGUCGCUGUCCAGGGAGGCUGAGGCGAGAGGUAGCUGUCCGGGUGGGGAGCCCGCACUACCUUCUUCCUCUUCCUCCUCCUCCGGGUGAGGGGAGCGAAGGUUGGGGUUCCCCGAGCCCAUGGACCAGGAGGAGGCGGAGGCCGCCGAGAGCCGGGGCCGCGCUAUGUGGCCCUGAGCCCCGUGUACUGGUUCUGCCUGUCUGGAAGGCCAUGGAGAAGCGGCUGGGAGUCAAGCCAAGUCCUGCUUCCUGGAUUUUAUCAGGAUAUUAUUGGCAGACAUCUGCGAAGUGGUUGAGAAGCCUGUACCUGUUUUAUACUUGCUUUUGCUUCAGUGUUCUGUGGUUGUCAACAGAUGAUGCUUUGCUGGGACAGCUGACUAUUUCAGAUGCCAGUGAGAGCAGGUGCCAGCAGGGGAAGACACAAUUUGGAGUUGGCCUGAGAUCUGGGGGAGAAAAUCACCUCUGGCUUCUUGAAGGAACCCCCUCUCUCCAGUCAUGUUGGGCUGCCUGCUGCCAGGACUCUGCCUGCCAUGUCUUUUGGUGGCUAGAAGGGAUGUGCAUUCAGGCAGACUGCAGCAGGCCCCAGAGCUGCCGGGCUUUUAGGACGCACUCCUCCAAUUCCAUGCUGGUGUUUUUAAAAAAAUUCCACACUGCAGAUGAUUUGGGCUUUCUACCUGAAGAUGAUGUACCACAUCUUCUGGGGCUAGGUUGGAACUGGGCAUCUUGGAGGCACAGCCCACCCAGAGCUGCACUCAGACCUGCUGUAUCUUCCAGUGACCAGCAGAGCUUAAUCAGGAAGCUUCAGAAGAGAGGUAGUCCCAGUGAAGUAGUUACACCUAUAGUGACACAGCAUUCUAAAAUGAAUGACUCCAACGAAUUAGGUGGUCUGACUACCAGUGGCUCUGCAGAGGUCCACAAGGCGAUUACAAUUUCCAGUCCCCUAACCACAGACCUGACUGCAGAGCUGUCUGGUGGGCUAAAGAACAUAUCAGUGCAACCUGAAAUAUCAGAGGGUCUUGCUACUAUGCCCAGCACUCAGCAAGUGAAAAGUUCUGAGAAAACCCAGAUUGCUGUCCCCCAGCCAGUGGCUCCCUCCUACAGUUAUGCUACCCCUACCCCCCAGGCCUCUUUCCAGAGCACCUCAGCACCAUACCCAGUUAUAAAGGAACUGGUGGUAUCUGCUGGAGAGAGUGUCCAGAUAACCCUGCCUAAGAAUGAAGUUCAAUUAAAUGCAUAUGUUCUCCAAGAACCACUUAAAGGAGAAACCUACACCUACGACUGGCAGCUGAUUACUCAUCCUAGAGACUACAGUGGAGAAAUGGAAGGGAAACAUUCCCAGAUCCUCAAACUAUCGAAGCUCACUCCAGGCCUAUAUGAAUUCAAAGUGAUUGUAGAGGGUCAAAAUGCCCAUGGGGAAGGCUAUGUGAACGUGACAGUCAAGCCAGAGCCCCGUAAGAAUCAGCCUCCCGUUGCUAUCGUGUCACCUCAGUUCCAGGAGAUCUCUUUGCCAACCACUUCUACAGUCAUUGAUGGCAGUCAAAGCACUGAUGAUGAUAAAAUCGUUCAGUACCAUUGGGAAGAACUUAAGGGGCCUCUGAGAGAAGAGAAGAUUUCUGAAGAUACAGCCAUAUUAAAACUAAGUAAACUCGUUCCUGGGAACUACACUUUCAGCUUGACUGUAGUAGACUCUGAUGGAGCUACCAACUCUACUACUGCAAACCUGACAGUGAACAAAGCUGUGGAUUACCCCCCUGUGGCCAACGCAGGCCCCAACCAAGUGAUCACCCUGCCCCAAAACUCCAUCACCCUCUUUGGGAACCAGAGCACUGAUGAUCAUGGCAUUACCAGCUAUGAGUGGUCACUCAGCCCAAGCAGCAAAGGGAAAGUGGUGGAGAUGCAGGGUGUUAGAACACCAACCUUACAACUCUCUGCAAUGCAAGAAGGAGACUACACUUACCAACUUACAGUGACUGACACAAUAGGACAGCAGGCCACUGCUCAAGUGACUGUUAUUGUGCAGCCUGAAAACAACAAGCCUCCUCAGGCAGAUGCAGGCCCAGAUAAAGAGCUGACCCUUCCUGUGGAUAGCACAACCCUGGAUGGCAGCAAGAGCUCAGAUGAUCAGAAAAUUAUCUCUUAUCUCUGGGAAAAAACACAGGGACCUGAUGGGGUGCAGCUCGAGAAUGCUAACAGCAGUGUUGCCACUGUCACUAGGCUGCAAGUGGGGACAUAUGUGUUCACCUUGACUGUCAAAGAUGAGAGGAACCUGCAAAGCCAGAGCUCUGUGAAUGUCAUUGUCAAAGAAGAAAUAAACAAACCACCUAUAGCCAAGAUAACUGGAAAUGUGGUGAUUACCUUACCCACGAGCACAGCAGAGCUGGAUGGCUCUAAGUCUUCAGAUGACAAGGGAAUAGUCAGCUACCUCUGGACUCGAGAUGAGGGGAGCCCAGCAGCAGGGGAGGUGUUAAAUCAUUCUGACCAUCACCCUAUCCUUUUUCUUUCAAACCUGGUCGAGGGGACCUACACGUUUCACCUGAAAGUGACCGAUGCAAAGGGUGAGAGUGACACAGACCGGACCACUGUGGAGGUGAAACCUGAUCCCAGGAAAAACAACCUGGUGGAGAUCAUCUUGGAUAUCAACGUCAGUCAGCUAACUGAGAGGCUGAAGGGGAUGUUCAUCCGCCAGAUUGGGGUCCUCCUGGGGGUGCUGGAUUCCGACAUCAUUGUGCAAAAGAUUCAGCCGUACACGGAGCAGAGCACCAAAAUGGUAUUUUUUGUUCAAAACGAGCCUCCCCACCAGAUCUUCAAAGGCCAUGAGGUGGCAGCGAUGCUCAAGAGUGAGCUGCGGAAGCAAAAGGCAGACUUUUUGAUAUUCAGAGCCCUGGAAAUCAACACUGUCACGUGUCAGCUGAACUGUUCUGACCAUGGCCACUGUGACUCAUUCACCAAACGCUGUAUCUGUGACCCUUUUUGGAUGGAGAAUUUCAUCAAGGUGCAGCUGAGGGAUGGAGACAGCAACUGUGAGUGGAGCGUGUUAUAUGUUAUCAUUGCUACCUUUGUCAUUGUUGUUGCCUUGGGAAUCCUGUCUUGGACUGUGAUCUGUUGUUGUAAGAGGCAAAAAGGAAAAUCCAAGAGGAAAAGCAAGUACAAGAUCCUGGAUGCCACGGAUCAGGAAAGCCUGGAGCUGAAGCCAACCUCCCGAACAGCUCCCACUUCUAGUCCUGCUGUCUCAGCCUGCUGUUUACUUUCUCUGGAGUUUUUGCACCAGCCAGAGGGCAGUCAUCUUGCUGUUGGAGCUCUUCUUAUCCGACCACAUUUCAUGUCUGUGGCGUCUCUACAUCUGUAGGGGUAAGUAGUGAAGGGACUACCAUGGCUUGCAGAAUCGCAGGUGUCUUCUUCGACCCCAGGUGCUUCCUACAGUUCUUGCUUCUUGUGUUCUGGUGAGUUGGCUGCUUAGGACUGCUUCUGAGAGUCCCCAGCAGGAGACCUCUCCAAGCAUGCACCUGCUCUGCCACCCUAGCAUCAGUGAAGCCAGAGCAAACAGGAGCCCACAGAGCAAAUGUCUCCAUGGACUGCAACUGCACUCCUGCUGUGCCAGGACUCAGCCGCCCUGCUGAGCUAGGAUGCAGCUAAAAGCUCAUUCUCCAGAGCCUGACUUCUUUGUGCUUUCUUGCCUACCAUGUCACUCCAUCCAUAGAGGGAGAUGAUAAAAUAUUCCAAAUUUGAAAGGUAAAGAAAAGAGAGUAUCACUAGGUGUCCUGAACCAAAGCUCAUGGAUACUGGAGAUGAAGAACCAGCAGGGGACCCCAGGUGUGCUCUCAUCCAUACUCUGUGACACCCCUUAGUGGACUGUUCCAGCCAGUUGGGCCUGGGAGAAGGACUAGGGAAGCUUCCUUCCAUCUGCACCUCCCAGCCUGGAGAGGAGCCUGUGACUUGCCCUGUUCCUUGGCUCCUCAGGCUGGGGUAAGGUGUGGGGGUGGCUCCAGCCUGGAGGCCAGUCUUCUGACGCUGGGUUCCUUGUUUUCCCUGUAGGCAUCAAACAGAAAGGCCUGGUGCUAAGUAGCAGCCUGAUGCACUCCGAGUCAGAGCUGGACAGCGACGACGCCAUCUUCACGUGGCCAGACCGAGAGAAGGGCAAACUCCUGCAUGGUCAGAAUGGCUCUGUACCCAACGGACAGACCCCUCUGAAGGCCAGGAGCCCACGGGAGGAGAUCCUGUAGCCAACCUGGUCUGUCUCCUCAGGGCAGGGCCCAGCACACAGCCUGACCAGUCCUCCUACCUCCUGAGUCUGCGGGCAGCUGCUGUCCCAGCCUCUGCUGGUCAUUUCGCCCUGACAGCCCCAACCAGAACCCCUGGAACUUGAAUCCAGAGACGUCCUCCAGGAACCCCUGAACGAAGCUGUGAAUGAAGAGGUUUCCUCUUUAAACCUGUCUGGUGGGCCCCCAGAUAUCCUCACCUCAGGGCCUUUUUUUGCGAACUCCUCCCCUCCGCCGCGGGCAGACCCAGCCAGCUCCUGGCCUCUGCAGCAACCUGGUGGGCAGGGUCACUGUGCCCGGAGUGCUGCAGGGCGGGGCCUGCUGUGCUGCCUGCACACCUGAGUGCAAAAGCAAGCACUGUGGGCAUGGUGUUUCCUUUUCUGGGGUAGAGUAUGCCCUUUCGCUGGGCAAAGAGGAAGUGGCACCCCUCCCCUCACCACAGAUGCUGAGAUAGUAGCAUAGAAAUGAUAUCUGGCCCCCCUUAACACUGGAGCCCCACUCCCUUCUCCCAUCUGGCCCAAGAUUAGGGGAGGAAUGACUGUGUCAGGGAUGGCGGGUGGCCUCUCUUGCUGCCAGGGCCCUUGUCAGAGCAGCCAGGCUGGACAGACAGCCUCCCCCUCCAUCUGACCGGCACCUGCUACUUUGGGGCUCAGGCCACCACUCCCUGUCCCCAGAGGAGACAGCCCCAGAUGGACUGGAAUGUUGUGGCAUGACAGCGCAUGUGUGCGACGGCCCCACCGUGCUCCCCUCUCUGUCCCACCAUCUGUGUGUUUUCUGUGUCCCUUGCAUGUGUGCGUGUUAGAGUGAGCGCGUAUGCAUCAACUCAUUGGGCUCUUGGCUGCUCAAAAGGCAACUUUGACUUGGAAAGACUUUCAGCUCCUUGGAACCAAGACUUCCUGAGUCCCUCUGGCCCUCGCCCUGUUCCACCAUGGUUAUCUGGGUUUUGGGGAAUGGAAACUUUGGGGGAGCAACUUUUUAAAGAAACACUUACAAUUUCUACUACUGCACUACUGUCCGUUGUGGGAUGAUUAAACAUGGUAUUUAAUUGUGCA